UGUCCCUCCUGCAGUGUCCCCAGCAAUGUCCUCCGGCCCAUGCGGGCAUCUGUCUUCUGUGUUCCGUUCCCUGCGACGUCAGGACGUACGGGGACGGAACAGCGGGAAAUUUCAAAAUGUGAAAAAGUGACGCAUUCACUAAAUACACUAAAAUCACAUAAUAAAACAUUACUGUAUCAAAGCAUUUCACAUACAUUUUGUCCCUAGUGCUUUGUCCUGUACCCUGCCUGCAUUUUUACCAUUCUUUCUACUUGGAAACUGAGAAGUGUCCAUGGCGUCCAAAAAGCGUCCUUUUAGGUCAAAAGCGGUUUUAGACCAGCUAGAGAACAGUGAUAGUAAAUUAGAACCACUUGCAGAAUUGAGUGAUAAUGAGUCGUGGGGAAAUUCGUCAUCAGACACUGA